CGCCUUCUGCAAGAGGACCAACCGCAAGUCGAUGGACGGCAUCAACAACACCACCAUGGGGCGCAUGCACGGAGGCAUCAUUGCAGUGGUGAGCAGACAACACGCGAACAACACAGAUCCGUCAUGUGUGUGAUGAGUUUCUUUGGUUCGUGCUGCUUGGAAGGUAAGUAUGGGGAGCCCUUCGGUGAUCUGGUGCUAUGGCGAGAGGAAUGCGAUCGAGAAUGGGGUCGGUGUGUUCUGUCUCAAAGCGUCGCAGGUCAAGGUGCACAGUCCGCUGACGCAGAGGGUCCUCGCCGUGUCUGGAUCAAGGCAUGCCACGCGACCCAAGCGUGUGUGAGUGAGCGCCAACAGUGGCGAACCUGUCUGUGUGUCCCAGGAGUCGCCCGACAUUCCUCUGCACAAAGACGCCGACGGCAUGGACCUCCUCACGGUGAGCGGGCGGGAGGGACAGCUGCCGACACGACGCCUGAAAGCACCUCUCUCUCUCUGUGUGUGUGUGUGUGUGGUGAGCUGGUGCAGCGGAUGUUGGCGUGGCAGCCCGACGAGCGCAUUUGGCCCACCGAUGCGCUCAGCCACCCAUUCCUCGCUGCUCUCUGACUGCCUGUUGAUCGUGUCUGGAUCGUCUGUCUGUCUGUCUGUCUUGGCUGAUGGAUGAGCUCAAGUGCUUUUUUCAGUGAGUGACGUGUGUGCGGUUGGUGUCCGUCUGUCUGCCUGCAUUCAUUUACGGUGUUAGCUGUCGUGUGUGUGCUGUGUGUGCUGCCAACACGUUCGCCUCGCUGGCUGACCGAUUGAUUUGUCGAUGGCCUUUCUCUCUCUUUCUGUCUGUCCUGUGUCUGUC